UGGUGGUGGUGGAGGUAUAGUGACCGUUCUUUAAAAGCAAACAAGCCCCAAACACACACAAACAAAACUUGUUAAACUUUUUAUUAGUCAAGUACUAUGUUCUUUCGUGUCUCUAGCAUCCAGGACACUCAGCCCUACCUACCUUUUAUACACAAAUGCAGUGAUUUCCCUUUCCCCGUGUUUCGGGGAAGAAUAUUCUCCUAUAUAUGUUCCAAAUUAGCAUCCUUCAAAAACCCCAAUGCUGCCGCGCAGAGAGCUGGUCCCACAUGCCAAAUUCCAUUUAAUCUGAGGAAGGACACCAUCAAAAGUGGAAACUAAGCUUGAGAUGAAGAGAUAAAGAGGGCAGGGCCUGGAACAUUUCUGUCUCCCUCCCACCAGACUAACUCUAGUACCCUUUGUUCACUGCCCCUUCCCGGACCCUGUGCUGUCGUGCCCCACCCUGCAGCCACCCACACUACCCCAAGGCCAGGAAUAAGACCUACCUCUAGCUACGGACUCCUCAGAAAAGCCGAGUCUGGCCUGUACAACCUCUAGUACGGAGCUCCUCUCUGAAUCUUCCUGGACGGUCACCACCACACCAGAGGAGCCCAUUUGGCAGCUCUCACGUGUUUUGUAGAACGCUGUGAACAACCACCACAGUUGUUUUUCAAGAAAUAGAACGAGUGGCAGCUUCUUCCUCGUAACAGAACUUUCAUUGUUGCCUUCAAUGCCUAACGUUGCAGAAACAGAAAGGACAAACGAUUCUGGAAAUGGUGAGCACAAAUCUGAGAGAAGGUCUCCUGAAGAGAAUCUGCAAGGUGCCGUCCAGUCCUUCUGCCCUCGUGCCUCAGGAGAACGCUUGGGUCCCAAAGGAGAUGGUCAUUAUCCGUGGAGCUGUCCGGUGACCCACACUCGGGAGAAAAUCUAUGCCAUCUGCUCAGACUAUGCCUUUCUCAACCAGGCCACCUCAAUCUAUAAAACUCCCAAUCCACCCCGCCCUUCUUGCCUCCCUGAUAGUAUCUCUUUAUCUGUGGGAAAUAAUUCCUCCAGAUACACGAGUCUCCCAACCAGUACAUCGGAAAUCAUCUACAAUGAAGAAAAUAGCUUGGAAAACUUAUCCAACAGCCUGGGCAAGCUACCUCUCGCGUGGGAAAUUGAUAAAUCUGAAUUUGAUGGGGUGACCACGAAUUUGAAACACAAAUCAGGCAAUGUAAAGAAACAAACUUCUAAGAAAAAAACUUCAGAUAAGAAAGGAAGACAUCAAAGGGAAUGGCCUCAGUAUUCUCCUCUUGAGGAUAUUAAGCAGCGGAAAGUAUUAGACCUCAGACGAUGGUACUGCAUAAGCCGACCACAAUAUAAGACGUCUUGUGGUAUCUCCUCAUUAAUUUCUUGCUGGAAUUUCUUAUACAGCACAAUGGGAGCUGGAAAUCUUCCAGCUAUCACCCAAGAAGAAGCUUUACAUAUUUUGGGCUUUCAACCCCCAUUUGAAGAUAUUAGGUUCGGCCCUUUCACCGGAAAUACAACACUUAUGAGGUGGUUUAGACAAAUUAAUGACCACUUCCACGUAAAAGGAUGCUCGUAUGUUCUAUAUAAGCCUCACGGGAAGAACAAAACAGCUGGAGAAACUGCAUCAGGGGCCCUGUUGAAGUUAACCCAUGGACUGAAAGAUGAAUCGCUAGCUUAUAUCUACCAUUGUCAAAAUCAUUACUUUUGUCCAAUUGGCUUUGAAGCAACCCCUGUUAAAGCUAAUAAAGCAUUCAGCAGGGGUCCCCUCUCACCACAAGAAGUAGAAUACUGGAUCUUAAUUGGAGAAUCAAGUAGAAAACAUCCUGCCAUUCACUGUAAAAGAUGGGCAGAUAUCGUUACUGAUCUAAACACUCAAAAUCCAGAAUAUCUAGACAUCCGGCACUUGGAGAGGGGGCUGCAGUAUCGAAAAACAAAGAAGGUUGGGGGAAAUUUGCAUUGCAUCAUAGCAUUCCAGAGACUUAAUUGGCAAAGAUUUGGCCUUUGGAACUUUCCAUUUGGAACCAUUAGACAAGAAUCACAACCUCCAACACAUGCCCAGGGAAUUGCCAAAUCUGAAAGUGAGGACAAUAUCUCCAAGAAGCAGCACGGGCGUCUGGGCCGGUCUUUCAGUGCUAACUUCCAUCAAGACUCAACGUGGAAAAAGAUGUCCAAUAUUAGCAUUUGGUUAAACCAAGCACUUAAAGGAGUCCGGGAUCGCCAUGGGAACUCAAUAGAAAAUGCUCAUCUUCUCACUUUGUUUCAUCGGCUCUGCAAACUCUUAUUUUUUCGAAUUCGUCCUAUUUUUGUGUUUGAUGGGGACGCUCCACUAUUAAAGAAACAGACUCUGGCUAAGAGGAGGCAUAGGAAGGACUUGGCAUCCACUGACUCCAAAAAAACUACAGAGAAGCUUCUGAAAACAUUCUUGAAAAGACAAGUCAUCAAAACUGCCUUAAAAAGCAAAAGGGAGGAAGCACUUCCCAGUCUUACUCAAGUUCAGAGAGAUGAUGACAUCUAUGCUUUGCCACCUUUACAGGAGAAAGAGAAAGACAGUUCAGAAGAGGAAGAUGAAAAAGAAUGGCAAGAAAGAAUGAAUCAAAAACAAGCAUUGCAGGAAGAGUUCUUCCGUAACCCUCAUGCAGUAGAUAUUGAGUCUGAAGACUUCAGCAGCCUGCCGCCUGAAAUAAAGCAUGAAAUCUUGACUGAUAUGAAAGAAUUUACCAAGCGAAGAAGAACAUUAUUUGAAGCAAUGCCAGAGGAGUCCAAUGACUUUUCGCAGUACCAGCUCAAAGGCUUGCUUAAAAAAAACUAUCUAAACCAACAGAUAGAAAAUGUCCAAAAGGAAAUGAAUCAACAACAUUCAGGACAAAUCCAAAGGCAAUAUGAAGAUGAAGGAGGCUUUCUGAAGGAGGUAGAGUCAAGGAGGGUGGUCUCUGAAGACACUUCACAUUACAUCUUGAUAAAAGGUAUUCAAGCUAAGAAGGUCACAGAAGAGGAUUCAGCAUCUCUUCCUUCUUGCAGUGAUGUGCCCAGCAGGUCUUCUGAUGUGACGUCAUCUCCAUGUGGAAAACUGAAGCCAAAGAAAGAGCCCGAACCUUCCCCUCCUUCUCCAGGAACCUCCCUGGCCGUGCAGGAUGCUGUGCUGGGAGGCAGCACAGAAGAGAGUGAGGAGCAGAGGCAGCCGGGCGGGAAGAGCCUGCCCGCCCCUGCGCCCGAAGGCUCGGUGUCGCCGCAGACCCUCCUGGCUAUUCAGAAAGCUCUGGAUGAUGAUGAAGAUGAAGACGUGCGAGUGCGCGCCAGGAACCACGGGCAGACACGAGGGUCAGGAGUGAGAAGGCUGCUCUCGAGCAGUUCUGAUGAAGAAAGUGACGAAGGGCCCAGAGUGAGGGAUGGGAAAGGAGUGCUGCUGGCAACAGUGCCUCAUCCAGACAGCGAGGAGCGCAUCACCAGCGCUGCUGAUGAGAAAGAGCCUGCAGACCCAGCCCAUGUACCGAGCACCGUCUUUCGUCAAGGCCACGGCGUCCCGCAAGAACAGACGUCAUUCAUUCCCCUGGUGAAGGAAGCCUUUCAGAAGAGCAAUGAGGCUCCAGAGGACAGAAAGGAUCUAGCCCCUUUAGAAGGCGUAGUGGCGACACCUGGGGAUGCCCCUGGGCUCCAGAGUGGAGCAGAACCGACACCACCACCUCCCAUGACUCCAAGUUCUGUAUCACGGAAUGAAACGUUUACCAGAGAGCUUGAGUUACAACGAGAGCUUCUUCCACCUGAGGAUAAAUUUGAUACCUCUGUUCUUUCACGUGACCAUGGAGCAGAAUGUGAAAAAAUUCCUACUUGUGAAGUUGUUGGCACUGCCAGUUUGCAAGAAUCGAGUAACGUGCUAAGUGUCCCUUUCGAGACAAUAAGUAACUUGGGAAAUGUAGAAUCAGUUAAUGCCAAAGCGUGUGAACAUGUCUUGAAAACCAUCCAAGAACAUGAGACUGUUGCAUCUGCAGGCCGAGAUUCAGUUUCAGUUCCAGAGUCCAUGGAGCCAACGGAAAUCGACUGUGAGGAAAGUGAAUCUGAUGGAAGUUUCAUUGAAGUGCGGAGUGUAAAUAGUGACGAUGAACUUCAGGCUGAGUUACACGAAGCUUCCAAACCUCCCUCUGGACAAGGUGAAGAGGAGCUGGUGGGAAUCGAGAGGGAAGAAUCCCCCAGGGACUCCGAGGGCCUCCUGAGAGACCACUCUGAGAGAGAGGCCGUGCAUCCCGAGCCACUUGAAGAAACUGCGAGAGAGGCAGACGAUGCCCCCAGUGAAUGGCAAGAUAUUGAUCUGGAGGAGCUGGAGACCCUGGAGAGUGACCUUUUAGCACAACAGAAUUCACUGAAAUCUCAGAAGCAGCAGCAGGAGCGGAUCGCCGCUACCGUGACAGGCCAGAUGUUCCUGGAAAGCCAGGAGCUUCUCCGCCUGUUUGGCAUCCCCUACAUCGAGGCUCCCAUGGAAGCAGAGGCUCAGUGUGCCAUCCUGGAUCUGACCGAUCAGACUUCUGGAACAAUCACUGAUGACAGUGAUAUUUGGCUCUUUGGAGCACGGCAUGUCUAUAAAAACUUCUUUAAUAAAAACAAGUUUGUAGAAUACUACCAGUAUGUGGACUUUCACAACCAACUAGGAUUGGACCGGAACAAAUUAAUAAAUUUGGCCUAUUUGCUUGGAAGUGAUUAUACAGAAGGAGUACCAACUGUGGGUUGUGUUACAGCUAUGGAAAUUCUCAAUGAAUUUCCUGGACACGGCCUGGAACCUCUCCUAAAAUUCUCAGAGUGGUGGCAUGAAGCGCAAAAAAACAAGAAGAUAAGACCUAAUCCUUACGACACCAAAGUGAAAAAAAAGCUGCGCAAGUUGCAGCUCACACCUGGCUUUCCUAACCCAGCUGUUGCGGACGCUUACCUCAGACCCGUGGUCGAUGACUCCAAGGGCUCGUUUCUGUGGGGGAAGCCCGAUCUUGACAAGAUUAGAGAGUUUUGUCAGCGGUAUUUUGGCUGGAACAGGACGAAGACAGAUGAAUCUCUGUUUCCAGUGUUAAAGCAACUGAAUGCCCAGCAGACGCAGCUCCGAAUCGAUUCUUUCUUUAGAUUAGCUCAGCAGGAGCAUCAAGAGGCCAAGGGCAUUAAGAGCCAGAGGCUGAACCGCGCCGUGACGUGCAUACUGCGAAAAGAACGGGAGGCAGCAGCCAGUGAAAUAGAAGCGUUGUCCGUCGCCUUGGAGAGGGAGGCUGAGUCCCCUGAUGGGGAGAAAGGGGAGACCCUGAAGAGAAGCUCGGCAGGUGGACGGAAAGAGGCAUCCAGCCCCAAAAGAAAGAGGCUGCUGGGUUCUAAAUGGGACAAGCCCUGCGGGGGGUUUCUGGGGGAGGCCUACCUCUCGCAGUCAUCUGAUGCGUCUUCAGGUGAGGACGGGGAAGCUUUCUCUUUGAUGAACGCGCCCAGGGGCACAGCAGCCGGGAAGUCAAAAGUCGGCCCUUCAGAGGUGCAGGACUCGGGGCGGCCAGCCCCUGGGACCACCAGCAGCUCCAGUGAGGACGACGGAGAGCCGGCACCGCGCGUGCUGGUCACCGCCAGGUCUGUGUUUGGGAAGAAGAGGAGGAAACGCCGAAGUACGAGAGGAAGGAAGAGGACAAGCUGAACACAUGUGUGUCCUGUGGAACUGGCCACAGCCUGGCAUUUCGUCAUGAAUUUGUUGUGAGGAAAUGAUAAAAUUAAAAGUAUUUGCACCAUC